AUGGCCGGCGACACCAGAGAAACGCACCCGACCCCGACCCCACGGGGCCCUCCCCCGGAAUCAAGCGAAGGCCCCAACAAGGUCUACGAGGUCUUCAACACGCCGCCGGCGAGCGCAAAUGCCCUGCCAGAGGGCUCCGGCCAAAACACCGCCGGGCGGCACGAGCAGGCUCCCACGCUGACCAGCGCGCUGAAGACGGUGCGCCUGGGCGACUUCAAGCAGGUCCACAUGUACCCGUGUGUGCGCGAGAGUCUGCUGAUGGGCAUCGGAGGGGCGUUUGGGGUCGGGGGCGUGAGGGCGGUUUGGGGCGGGGAGCGGCAAAGGGGGGACUUGCAGAGGGGGGUUUCGGCUCGGUGGCUAAUGACAUGUGGGAUUACAGCUCCUCUUCCGAAAGCUUGUAAUUGGGCCGUGGGAACCUUUGUCUUUACUUCGUGGGCGAACUACGAGUUUUGUCUCUAUCGGAGGAGUCUGGAGAGGGCGCAUAUGAAGCGAGCGGUGGAGAUUAUCGAUCGCAAGAAGGCCGAGAAGGAAAUGGCCGCCAAAGCAAAGCGAGAGGAGAGGAGGAGGCUGAAAGAGGAAGCGGAUCGAAGAGCAGAAGAAGCUGCGAAGGCCAGGUGGUGGAAGUUCUGGUAG